AUGCUUGAGUUUCAUGGUCAAAGCUUGUUUGAUUUCAAGUCCCCAUCUGAUGAUACGAAGAUUAUUCACAAGGGCAGGACUCAACAAGACCAUACCCACAACUCCAGCACUAGUCCACCGGUCACUCCGCCAUCCAGUCCACAGGCUGAAGGUGAACUAGAAGACUCUGAAGAUGAGUGGAACACUGAGAUGCAAGAUUUGGACAUAGAUCAAAUAAGCCCCAAGGUCUUCACUUCAAGUAAUUCUUCUACUAGCCUAGAGACUAGCCAGAAAAGAACUUACACCAAAUGGAACAAAGAUUAUGUCUGGUCAGCACCGGAAGACAAAGAGGACCUUGAUUACAUACCAGAUAUUCAUGAAAAUCAAUCUUCUUAUUCUGAAAGCGAUAUCUCUGAAGGCUAUACAAGUGAAGAUUUCGACAAAGCCGACCCUCUUAGAGCUAUUUUCCUAAAAGAAGAGAAUUUAAACAUGCUCCGUAAUGCCACAGAAGAGUUUUUUUUGCCGUCUUGGAUUGGGAGGGUUCCCAAAACUGUAGGGUCAAAAACUGGGGGAAAUCACCUCAACACUACCACUCUCAAAAAUAUGACACUCACACCUGAUCUUCCUUCAUCAAAUGUUUGUUCUUUGAAAGAGUCUGUGAUCUUCCAUCCUUCUCCUACAGUAAAUGAAGCAAGGAUUGGAACUGUGUGGAAAGCAAUUUAUAUGCACCAGAUUUGA